CUAAUGAGAUAGUAAGAAUAAGGAUAUGCUAUUUUUAACCCGCUGGCUCACCUAUUUUAUCACUAUUGUUCAUCGUUUAGUUGAAUCUGUUAGCUAUAAGAAACGACAUGGUGUCGACAAGAAAAGUUGAGUUGUUCCAGGGUGUUUUAUCUUUUCUAGCCGCAUUUUUAUUCACAAACGGAAUAUUUGAUCUGGCGUACAAUCGGCAGAUUGGUGAUUACGAAUAUAUUGACAAUUUGUGGGAAAUGACGAGAAAUGAUUUGAACAUCAAUUUCAACAAAAGCAGCAUGAGAGACGAAUUUUUCUUCACUUUAGAACCAUGGAAAGUUAUGAAUAAUAUAAAAAAUGGCGUAUUUUGCCCAUAUACAACACAAAAGGAUCUUAUAAAAAUAGUUGUGAUGAUAAAAUCGGCGGCCGAAUAUAAAGCACGAAGGGAUAUCGUCCGUCAAACAUGGGGUAGGAUAUCUCACAUUGACAAUGUUGUCAUUGACGUUGUCUUCAUCAUUGGGUCGACGACGAAAGAUGUUCAACAGAAGAUUGAAACUGAACACUCAAAACAUGGAGACAUUCUACAGUUUAUUGGAGUCGACGACUACAGACAUAUUGUUUACAAGGUGUUGUCGGGAAUGCAAUGGGCGAAAGAAAAUUUACCCAAAGAUUAUUUUUAUGCAACGGGUGAUGAUGAUUUAACGCUGGAUGUUAAGGUAUUGCCGAGACACCUACGACGGCAUAUGAGAUACGUUCUUGAAAGAUUGCCACGUGAAAAAGCAAAUAAUCGUUUAAAGCAAAUUCAACAGAUGCCUAUUUUAUGUGUGUAUAAUUAUUUGAAUGAGGCGAAACCCAUACGGAAUUUAAUUUCCAAGUAUUAUUUAGAUCCAAAAGAAUAUCUCAUGGAUACUCUUCCGCCAUUUUGCUUGGGAGGUUGGUAUAUGAUGCCUGUAGUAAGCGCUGCUAAAUUGUAUGAUGUUUCAAGAAAAGAAAAAGUACUUCCAAUGGACGAUGUUUGGAUAACCGGUAUUCUGAGACAAAAGAUAAAACCGAAAUUUAUAGAACCAAUUGAUAGCUCAAGUGCGAGGGUAAUAUCCAGGGAGGUAAAAAUUGUACAGCACUUCUUCGGAGAUACGGACUUUGCAACUGCUGAAGACAUUUUACGUCUCACUAUAUCCCACUGGGAAAAAUUGGAAGCUGGUAUAGCUGAGCAUAAGCACUGUCUUCGAAAAUAGCAUUAAUUUAAUCGUUUAAAACGCAUUUGUCUGAAUUCGCGUGGAAGUAAAUGCAAGAAAAUUUUAUACUAA